AUGUCUCACCCAUACGUGCCCGGUUAUGGCCUACAAAAGAAGAAGAACCCCGCGAUGUUCUCGCAAUCGUUUCUUCUGAUAAACAAGCAUUUACUUCUCUUUUAUCCUCUUGUCAGAGUCAUCAGCCAUCGCCUUGUCCAGCCCGUCAUGUCUGAGGAAGAUGUUGUCCAUCUGGACGGCUUCAGGCUGUCUCUUCAAGAGCUCGGCUUGACCCGUGAAACCUUGAACAAUCACGUCAGUGGUCGUAUCAUUCCCUUCAUGAUUGAUGAAGAGAUGAGAGCUCUCUAUCAACGGGCCAAAGACGACCCCGAAUCUCUCUCGCCGGCCGAGAGAAACCGCGUCUUUGGCAGAAUUCCACCCGAAGACGAGGAACGACUUUGCCAGGAACGUCUCGGUUGUACGAAAGAGCAACUCUACGAAAAGGCUCUGACCCAAGGCGACGACCUGAGCAUGCUGGAGUGCGACAUGAUCAUACGUGGCUGCGACUAUGAUUGGAAAAACACUUCAAACAAGGCGACCGACCUCGACAGGCUCAUGAAACUGUCGGCAGAUGACCGUACUCUUAUUCUCAAGGGCCGUGAAGCUAUCAAAGGACCAUCAAUCCUGAGAGCCACCGAAAAGCGAAAGCAGUACACACGAGUAAGGGCCGAUGAGGCACGUCGAAAGGCCGAGCGACUCAAGCAGGCCAGGCACGGCCAUCGUGCUGAUUGGGUACAAGACAUGGUGGACAGGGAUCUGCCACAAUGGGGCUUUGUUGUGAUGCGUACUCAAUACAGUGACCCCCGCAGCGAUGAGGCCUGGAAAAAGUUCCAGGAGCGCUUUGACACCGUGGGCAAACUGAUCAUGCAGAGCUGGAGUGGUCGCCCACCGAAGGCGGAACUUUGGAGGACACUUGAGACUGUCUUUGUAUCUGACGCUGCCUUGGACGGGGCGUCGACAGAUGCGCUCAGGGAAAGAUUCAAGAGCAUGCGAGAAGCUCUUCCAGAGGGGAUACGGCGAGACUGUUUUCUUGUCCAAGACAAGUUGCUGGCCGAGGAGUGGCUGACGAUUCGCGCGGUGAACCCCGACUUCGACGCAGAGGCGCCCCUUGGCACUGAGGAUGCCAGCUACACCGAGCAAAAGACGUCAAUCACAGUGAAGGAUCUGGAGGGGUUUUGCGGGGAGGUUCAGGUGCCGCUGUCCAAGGUUUUUGACUGGCUUCACUAUUCCCUGCUGACGGACUCUGAAACGUGGGAGAGGCGGUACAAGCAGACGACGCAGAAGCAGCCCAGGUCUCUCAUUUCGUACUGGCCGUACCCAGAGUAUUGA